AUGCCGCAAACCUACAAACAAGCCGAACAUCACAUAAGCAAAAUUAAUUCUACCUGGGAUAAAAUUGUAUCCACCGUCGGUCCCUGUACACUACAACCUCAUCCCGACAGACAACCAUACGAAGGUCUCAUUCGCGCCAUCACAUCGCAGAAACUCUCCUCUGCAGCUACAGAAGCUAUAAUUCACAGAUUAUGUGAACUAUACAAUCAAACCACAUUUCCAACUCCACAGCAAAUCGUAGACACUGACGUCGAAAAACUACACUCUUGCGGUUUCUCAAAACUAAAAGCUGAAGCCGUUCACAACAUUGCCGAUGCCGCUAUUAAAAAAACUCUACCAUCGAAUGAUACAAUAGCCCAUAUGUCUAACCAAGACCUCUUUGAUACACUAAGCAAACAUAAAAGUGUCAAAAGGUGGACAAUUGAAAUGUACAUGAUAUUCACUCUAGGACGCUUAGACGUUAUGCCAGCCGAUGAUGCUACUCUACGAUCACAAAUUUCACACAUUUUUGGUCUCGAUAGUAAACCUACAGUUCAAGACAUCGAACAACUUACUGCUCCUUGCGCUCCCUACCAAACAAUUGCAGCUUGGUACUUAUGGCAUUACCCAAAACAUUGA